AUGCAUGACCGAUUGUUUGAUUUAUCCAAUCAUUCAGUUACAAAGCAGCUUCUUCGAACAAAUAUUUGGUGGCUCAUAUUUAUCAUGGUGGCUUUUACGGAGGCGAACAAGUCAUUGCUCGAAGGCUUGAAUCUCCGGGCUAAGAAUAAUUAUAAAACUGUCGUUCCUUUGCUCGAAAGUGCUUCAAAGAUUAAAGAGAUGAGCAACCUCGAGGGUUCUUCAAGCCAAGUGAGGUUAGAAAUUGUGGAUGAAGAUGACAAUGAUUCCGCAAGUUUCAACGCCGAUGACAAUGAACCUCCCGAAAUUGAAGAAAAUACAAAAAUAGUGUGUUCUCCAAAUUUAAAGUAUGCUGCAGCUUGGGACUAUUUUAAAGAUAUAGUUUGUGUAUAUUCCAUCAAAGGACAGGGAGACCCAAAAUACAGAGCCUCAUUUACGUUCGAUAUACUCGAAACACUUCCGGAACCUGAUCCAGAAUUAAAUGGAUACUUCAUAGAUCUCCUUGAUAUAUCCGAUAAGAAUCACGUCAUUCUAAAUGCCUCAUUUAACGAUAAUACUGAAACCACAGAAGAGUUGGUUCUUGUCGAUGCGAAAAAUCCACAAAAUAUGAAAUGCCAUUUAUUAAAAACCCCCGGGGAUCAGGGAAAAUGGAUCGAAAGAUCUUUUAUCACAAACCAAAACUACGUAGAGUAUGUUAUUGUCAAAAGGAGUGGAGAUAUUGCUACCGGUUACUUAUUCACGGAAUUGGACUGGAAAUGUAAAAAUAUAUUCAGAGUUCCCGAUUUCAGUCCAUAUGAUUAUCUCAGAAUAAGUGCAGAUGGGAAGCUAUUCAUAUACCGUUAUGAUAUCCAUAUACUCACGCGAUGGGAUGUCAAAUCCUUAAAAUUUGAGAAAGAAUGGGCUUUAGAAUGGAGUUUCACUUCUCCGCGUGGCUUCAUUGUCGGAAACCAAGUUCUCAAUGAAAACGCCACUUUUUUGGCAAUUUGGGAUAAUAAAAAUAUUUACACGUGCUCUUUGGAAGAACAGCGUAUUGUAGCAUCAUUUUCCCCUGAAUAUGAUAUAAGAGAAUGUUACUUUCUUUCGUCAAACGUUGGGGUAUAUUUGUUUGUUGUAUGCUCUAAAAAUGAGUGGAGUCAUUCCUAUUAUUUGCUCGAUCCAUACACACUCGGCAAAAAAAUUGAUGCAAAAAUUUUGAUGGAAUCGUCUGAAGGUACUGAAAGAAAGGUUGACCCGGACUUUGUGCAAAAUGAAGUGAAAAGAAUGCUUGAAGAAAUCACGGAAGAGAGACGCGAGCGAGAAGAGCUUGAAAGAGAAAUAACAAAACAAGAACUCGAAAAUACGGAUUCUGAGAAUGUCACUGUUGAGUUAACGGAACCGUAUAUGUUAAGUAAUAAUAAGUAUUUUUAUGUCUACAAUAAUAAAUUGUGUGUUCGAGAGUUUGUUGAGAAAAAUUGGGCUAAUCAUGUGGGUACGCUUAAUGUAUACCCGAGAGGGGAAGAUGUAAAAUAUUUGCUACGGACUACACUACCAAAAACGUCCUCCGUUGAAGGACCGUUUAUCCACACUGAUAACAUUAUGGGGCGUUGGAGUAUAAAGUUUGAUUCUCAAUCUAUCAUUCUUGAGGCAAAAAGCGAUAAAAAAACAAUCAGAGGCCGCGACAUAUACAUGAUAGUUGAAGAUCCCAAAAAAGGAAGAAACGGGAGAAAGAUGACAAGGAAAGAUUCAUCUUAUCGAGAAGAUGAAUCAAAACAAGGACUGGCAGAAUAUGUCAAGAGCGUUCAAGUUUUGGAAAAUGAGGAUCUGCUGAUGAUCGCAACAAUAGGUAUAUUCAUUUGGACAGUUAAGGAUAUAAAAGUCGAAGAUGACUCGGAGAAAAUACGAUUACACUAUUUUUGGAGUUGGAAUCUCAAAAUUGAUGAAAAGGAUUUAAUGGAAAGAUAUUUACCCAUGCCAGACUUUACGUUUAUUAUUGAGAAUCUGCAAAAAUUCACAAAUGGAUCGGGGAAGGAAUCUCCUUUCUUUAAAGAAAUAAUUGACGACUACUUCGAGGAUCCGUUUAAAAUAGACCUUUACGGGAAAAACUUGUUGGAGCUGUUGUUUACAUUAGAGGACAACGAAUUAAUUGAAAAGCUCAUGGACUCUAUCAUCAAAUUAACUGUUGAUAAUAGCGAAGGAAAUUUUGUUUCAAACAUUAGAUUGCUAAAUCUCAUUGCCUGCAACUUUGUUCAUUUGUCAAAUCAGUAUCCUAACAUUACAAAUCGUGUUUUAUCUAAAGUAGCCUUUUUUGUACCCGGAGAUGAAAAUUCAUUCAGAAUUGUCAACCAUUACUCAACUUCCAGACAUCAUCAACAUCUUGACGCAUACCCCGAAAUUUCACCGAUUAAUAUUUUGACGCCGAUAAAACGCGUCUUCAACUAUUAUUUGUAUUGUUAUAAGAAAUUACGAUCGUUCCUCGCUAGCGUGUUCUCUCCCGAUGAAGGAAAAUUGACCAUCAAAUUGGUUUUUCCUUUUCCUAAUUUUGUCAGCUAUCCUACAGAAUAUAAUACCUAUUUGGAAUUAAUCUAUCCGAAGCACAGUCCUUUUACCGACUAUGACAAACCUCAUCUGUACAAAUGGUGGAACGGCGAAGCACUGCUAGAUUUUAAGUGGAAUAAAUACGGAAGAAAAUAUUAUCUGUCGAUUUGGGCAUUUUAUACUAUAUUUAUGGCAUCUUUUACAAUUUCUGCAACUUUGGAAAGCCAGCUCUCUUGGAAUAUGUUGAAAGCUCUCCUGAUUUCAACAAUAGUUACAGGAAUGAUUCUUCUUCUUUUUGAAAUCAGACAAUUUGCCUAUGAUAUGAGAAGAUAUGUCGCUAGUCCUUGGAAUUAUUUCGGUAAAUUAAAGAAGGCUGAUGUCAUCGAGCUAAAAGAUAUCAUCGUUUCCCUUCAAAACAACACAUACGGUGAUUUGAAUCCUCCGUAUAUUCCAGAAAGGUUGUUCAAAUUGAUUCACUAUAAAGAUUCACUCGAAAACGUCAAGCUUAUUAAUUUGCUUGAAGAGAUUGGAGAAAUCAAAGGAUUGAUACGGUCAAAUUCAAAAUCUGGUUAA